GCGGAGGGAUUAAGAAGCAUACCCCCGCGCGACGUCACCCGGGGUAGGGCUGCGGUUUGUUGAUCCGUCCGAGAAUCCUCGUAGUAACACACACACACACACACUCACAAAACACAUGAACCUGAGCGCACACACAUACACGCGCGCGCACACAUACACAGACACACAUUCCGCCUUGCCAAGCGGCGAAAAUCCGCUUAGUUCCUGGCUCGGCCAUCCUCGCCACAGCCGAGGUGGAACAUGCUCCUGUUGUCGCUUGCAGUCUGUCGCCGUUGGCUACGAUAACAGAGGAUCAAUUGUAGCUACUUCUCCUCGCCAGUCCUGGACAUAUAGCCAUGUCGUGCACGCACAGGUAGGAAAAGGAGUACCGACUCGCGCUUAACGGAUGCUAGCAGCGCAAACGAGAAAGUUAUUUCGAGUGGAAACCGCAACAGGUUUUUGGUAACGAGGAACAAUUACCCGAGUCCUGGAAGUUAAGCCACAACGCUGGAGACAGUCCCUGGGUCUACAAACGUUAGUAGGCUAGGUUGCUAUGCAGACAAUCAGCUUCGACUGAAGAAGAAAAGUCGAUAACUGCAACCGGGGACCGCGGUUUUGGACUGUUGGAUUUAAAAGGAUUACGGAGAACAUCCGCUGUCAAUAACGGAAACUAGAACCUUAUAAGAAAUUGGCUUAAUCCUUCCUACAUGAGAUACGGAGCCAAUAUGAUGCCGAUGUUCCUUACCGUGUACCUCAGCAACAAUGAUAAGCAUUUCACCGAGGUGCCCGUUACCCCGGAGACGCUGUGCCGAGACGUGGUGGACCUGUGUAAGGAGCCGGGAGAGAGCCACUGCUACCUGGCCGAGAUGUGGAGAGGCAGCGAGCGCGGGAUCUCGGAGGGGGAGCGCAUGAUGGACAUCCUGCAGCGCUGGGGUCAGCAGAGAGGAGAGGUUCGCUUCUACCUACGCCACGACCGCGCGCCCAACACCAGCGGAGGGCAGAGAGGCCCUGAGGUGCCUCCAAAGAGGAACAGCGUGAAGAACACUACAGAGAGGAGGAUGGAGAAUGGGGUGACUCCACCCACUGUCAAUGCCACCCUGACUGAACUGCAGGAAAUGGCGUCACGGCAACAGCAGCAAAUCAACGCCCAGCAACAGCUCCUGGCUUCAAAGGAGCAGCGGCUGCGUUUCCUGAAGCAGCAGCAGCAGCAGCAGCAGAGUGAGCAGGAGAAGCUGCGUCUGCUGCGGGAGAACGCUGAGCACCAGGAGAGCAAACUCCGACGCGUGCGCGCCCUCCGAGGCCAGGUCGAGCAGAAACGCCUCAGCAACAGCAAACUGGUGGAGGAGAUUGACCAGAUGACGGCGCUGUUCCAGCAGAAGCAGCGGGAGUUGGUGGUGGCCGUGUCACGGGUGGAGGAGCUCGGCCGCCAGCUGGAAGCGCUGCGCAGCGGCAAGGUGGACGCACCCGGCCCCGACGCGCAGGGUCAAAGUUCACAGGCUGCCGCCGACCUGGAGCGCCUCUACAAGGAGCUGCAGCUGCGUAAUCGUCUGAAUCAGGAGCAGAGUGCUAAGCUGCAGCAGCAGAGGGACACUCUGAGCAAGCGCAACCUGGAGGUGGUGGCCAUGGACAAGCGCAUCUCCGAGCUGCGCGAGAGACUCUGGAAGAAGAAGGCUGCACUGCAGCACAAGGAGAACCUGCCUCAGCCUCCUGCUGAAGGGCCCGUAUCCCAUCAUGCACUGGGCUCACGGGUGGCGGCGGUGGAGCCCUAUAUCCAGCAGAACCCCCCGGCUCCGCCCAUUCCGCCUCGACAGGAAGUCAUCAUCAAGCCGCGACACCCGGACGGCACUGCCACCCUCCCCCUGCCCAACGGUCAAAUCAAAAGCCAGCCGAGACUGCCCGCCAAACCACAUGUUGGUAAAGGAAAGCUCUCGGACUGGUCCUCCUCGAGCACUGACUCCACCGGUCACCAUGGUUACUCGUCCACCUUGCCCCGCAUGACCAGCCACCCCCCUCUGGAGCAAGACUCAGAUGCAGACCUGAGACCACCUCCUCUGCCCUUGCGUAGAAACCAGAGCAACGAGGACCUCUUGAGGGACCCUCAGAAUGGCAAACCUCUUCCCAAGGUCCCUCCCCCUGUCCCUAGCAAGCCCAAAGCCCCUCCUCCUGCUCCUCCCUCCUCCUCCUCCUCUUCGUCGUCAUCUUCCUCUACCUCAUUCUCCAGAUUCACCACGGGUACCUUCCCUGGCAAGGCCCGCCCCGUGAACCACCCGUCCGGCUCCGACACGCUUCCCCCCUCGUCCUCCGCUCGCACCCUUCCGCUCCCCCUGCCCCCGAAGCCCAAACCGGACCCCAACGCACCCUCCCUCACCCCUGCGGCCACCGUGCACCCCUUCACGCCCGACCCCUUGCCCUCGGCGGCAUCAACGUCGGCGAAGGAUCCUGCCGUCAGCGCCAACAACACGCCGCCGCUGUCGCGGCCGCAGAUCGUAGCGGCUAGCUCCAUCUACUCCAUGUACACGCAGCAGACCACGCCGGGGGGCAAGGCCUUCAACAACGUCGGAGGGGGCACCCUGCCCAGGUCGCACCCCAGAGAGCGCCCUGCAUGGAAGGCGUACCCCGACUUAGGUGGGGGUACGCUGCCACGAUCCAAACCCAGAGUCUAUGGAAAGCCCGUCCUCCCAUCCACCGGCGGGCAACAGCACAAUCCCCCCGAUGGUUUCCACGGCGACCGGCCCUUUGCUGCAGAAACCGAGGUCGACCACGCGGGCUCUACGGCCUCAUCGUCCUCAUCGUCCGCGGCAACUACGUCCUCGUCUGGCGAUGCCCCCCCUGCGCAGCAGGAGACGACGGACAGGGCGCCCCGCCCCCUCAGCCCCACCAAGCUCCUCCCCUUCCUGUCGCAGCCGUUCCGUCACCAGAGCGACGUGGACCUGGAGGCGCUGCGGAAGCGGCUACACCACGCGCCGAGGCCCCUCAAGAAACGCAGCUCCAUCACGGAGCCCGAGGGCCCUGCGGGGCCCAACAUCCAGAAGCUUCUCUACCAGAAGACCACGCUCGCCGCCAUGGAGACCACCACCGUCGUCGUGGGAACGGCCACGCCGCCGCCACCGCCCUUCUUCCAGCCGUCGCCUUCCUCCUCGUCCGGCCCGCAACAAGACGCCGGCCGAGGAGGGCCAGGAAACGGCGCCAUGACAGCGACGAUGAUGAUGAUGAUGAUGAUGAAGGACAGCGGGGGCUUGACCGUCUCGGCGCUCGGUGACGACACCACCACCACCAUCGGCGGAAGGCGGCCCACGGAGAGCCCCUGCACCAUCAUCCCCGAGCGAGUCGAGGAGGAGGACACCAGGCCAGAGGAAGAGGAGGAGGAGGAGGAGUUCGAUGAAGACGACCUGACGCCACCUCCACUGCCGCCACGCUCUCCCAUCCUGGACGACUUGUCGAUGGGGGGCCUCCAUCCGCACCUGCCCCUGCCUCUGGAGGAUGAGAGGGAGCUGGACCCCUGCGCCCCCACCCCGCUAGAGGGGUACAUGGACGAGUACCCGCCCUACCCACCCCCGCCGUACCCCUCCCAGGUGGAGCAGGAGCCACAGGUAGACGAGAGCAGCAUGGAGCCGCCAGAGAUCACCGGAGAAAUGACCCUCCCACCGGGUAAGCGGACAAACUUGCGUAAGACCGGCUCGGAGCGAAUCAACCAUGGCAUGCGUGUGCGCUUCAACCCACUGGCCCUGCUGCUAGAUUCCUCACUGGAGGGAGAGUAUGACCUGGUGCAGAGGAUCAUCUACGAGGUGGACGACCCCAGCCUGCCUAACGAUGAGGGCAUCACUGCCCUGCACAACUCUGUGUGCGCUGGCCACACUGAAAUCGUCAAGUUCCUGGUUCAGUUUGGAGUAAACGUCAACGCAGCCGACAGCGAUGGCUGGACCCCUCUGCACUGUGCGGCCUCCUGUAAUAACGUGCAGGUGUGCAAGUUCCUGGUGGAGUCCGGCGCAGCCGUGUUCGCCGUCACCCACAGCGACAUGCAGACCGCCGCCGACAAGUGUGAGGAGAUGGAGGAGGGCUACGCCCAGUGCUCGCAGUUCCUCUACGGUGUUCAAGAGAAGAUGGGUAUCAUGAACAGAGGGGUGGUGUAUGGCCUGUGGGACUAUGAGGCAGAGACUGAGGACGAGCUGUCCUUCAGGGAGGGGGACUGCAUGACCGUGCUGCGCAGGGAAGACCAGGAGGAGACGCAGUGGUGGUGGGCCCGCUGUGGAGACAAGGAGGGCUACAUCCCACGAAACCUACUAGGGCUGUACCUGAGGAUUAAACCCAGACAAAGAAGUCUGGCUUAACAGCGUAAAACACACACACACACACACACACACACACACUGUCAAGCAGAACACUGAGGCACUGUUCAGAAUACCAAACUAAAUUACUUUUUGAAGGUGGUUUAAAAAUGUCAUUUCAACACGUCUUUAUUCAAGAGGGGAACUCAAAAUGUCAUGAAGCGUCAGAUCAGUGAUUGGUUGAUUGAUUGAUCUUUGAGAUUACUUUGUUAAAAUAAGCUUUGUUAAAAGCAAGCCCUGCAGAUGGAAUGGUAAAAUUUGGACACAAAACUCUUAUCUGAUCACCUGCAAAUAACAUUUCCUUUUCUGUGUUGAAAAUCUGAACAAUCUGAUUUCCACUCAGUCUGUUCAGCCUCAGUCACAAUACAGAUAAUCUGAUGGCAAACACACACACACAGUUACAAUACAGAGAAUCUGAUGACACACACACUCACAAUGUGAUGAUACACAAAAACACACACAGUUUGAACGUAGCCUGAGAUUAUCCUUCAGAUUUUGACAUGAAUAAAAGUGCGCCCAGAAAGUUCAGGAUGCUUAAAGGAGAAACACACACGCACACACACACACACACACACACACACACUCAAGCAGAGCACUAGGAGUCAGAGUACAGAGAUUCUGAUGAGUGUAACAGGGGUGAACCGAUGUGUCUGUGGACAGAAAGCAGCCUACUGUAGGCUACGAGCUCCUCUCCUCAUGAGCUGGACACAUUCAGAGGACAGAUGAAGAGAGAGUCUUUCUCUGACAUUCACUCAGAACAUUGAAAGAAAAACAUCCUGCUUUUUUGGUGUUCAUAAAGGCUAAGGCUUAUCUACAGAGUGGAAAAAAAGUCCAUAUUAACAAUGAUGAUUAUGAUGAAGAUGAUGAUGAUUAAGAUUAAUUAUUAUCAUUAUUAUAAACAUGAUGAUGAUGAUGUUGAUGAUGAUGACUGAUUAAGAUUGUAACAUUUUGUCACACUGUUUUCUUCUCUGUUUGUUUUUUGUGUGUAAAACGUUAUUUGUAAAUGUAUCCAAACACAAUCAUACUGCUGGAUAUUCUCUCAUCUUUCAUCUCUUCUCGCUCUUUCUAUUUCAAAAUGAAUGUCUUUUGAUAAGGACCUCAUGUAGUUUGUGUAUGUAGACAUUUGUGUAGUUUUUAUUUUAUUUUAUUUUAUCUUAUUUUGAGUGUUCAGCUAAGUUCCUCUAGUAGAGAAUUGUUACAUCACGGAAUGUAAAUGUCACGAGGAGCUUUUCGAAAUGACAAAAAUUAUUUGCUGCAAACAAUAAAAGCAGAUGAAAGCAA